AUGGAACCCAAAUGGUUGUGGUUGAGUGUGUUGUUGUUGUUGUUAGAAGGGUGCGGAUGGCAUGGUACUGAUGCUUGUUGGGAGGAUGAGAGGAUUGCUCUCUUGCAACUCAAACCUUUCUUCAAUCCUUUAAAUUAUCUGAACAGCUGGGAAGAGGAGGUAAAGGGUUCAGAUUGCUGCCAAUGGGAAAGGGUCGAGUGUAACGCCUACUCCUCCUCCAGGCGAGUCAUAGGACUCUCUCUUAAUUAUACAAGAUGGUCCUACAAAGAAAGAUGGUAUCUCAAUGCCUCUUUGUUUCUUCCUUUCAAGGAAUUGAAGCGUCUUUAUUUGCCAGAGAAUAACAUCGCUGGUUUCGUUGAAAGUGGAGGUUUUGGAAAGCUAAAUUUGGAGAUCCUCGAUUUAAGUGACAAUUACCUCAAUGAUACAAUGUUAUUAUCUUUGAGUCGGCUUUCAUCUCUCAAGGAUUUAAAUCUAGCAGGAAACUUCUUUAAAAUAUCCAGUACAGGAGGAUUGAAUAAUCUGACAAAUUUGAAGAACUUGGAUCUAAGCUCCAAUAAAAUUAAAAGCUUCCAACCAUCAAGGCAAGAUAGUGGGAGACAGCUGAACUUGACCCAUUUAGAAGAAUUUGAUUUGAGUUAUAAUCUCAUGAAUGACAGCAUAUUUGCAUCACUUAGCGGGCUUUCAAAUUUGAAGUCUUUGGAUGUAAGCUCCAAUCAGUUAAAUGGAUCAAUAUAUAUGAAAGACUUGAGUGCUUUUACCAACUUAGAGGAACUGGAUAUGAGCUAUAAUGAUCUGAAUGAAUUUGUGGCUUGUAAAGAUGAGGUUUUCACCAAUGGAAGCAUUCCACGACUACUAAAAUUAGUAUAUGCAUUCCCAUCAGUUAAGACCUUCUAUCUACAACAUAAUAACUUAAACAAGACUAUGGCUACUCAAGAUCAAGAAUUGCAUGUGUGGAGCAAUGUGGAGGAAAUAUUUCUAGACGGUUCUUAUCUCGACAACAACAUUUUGCAAAGCAUUGGAGUAUUCACUUCUCUUAAAACUUUGUCUUUACAUAACUGUGGACUUAUGGGUUCCUUACCUAAUCAAGAAUUUUCAGGUUGGUGUGAUCUAAGGAACCUUAAGAGUUUGGAUAUCAGUGGGAAUGCACUUGAGGGGAUACUUCCUUAUUGUUUGGGUAAUUUGACAUCUCUUCUUGAGUUAGAUAUCUCCAACAAUCAAUUUACUGGAAAUUUGACUCCUUUAGCAAAUCUUUCAUCACUUAGAUUUGUCUCCCUUUUAAGAAAUCGUUUGCAAAUUUCAAUGCCGUUCUUGUCACUUGCAAACCUUCCAAAUCUCAAGUUUCUUUUGGCUGAUGAAAACAAGAUAGUAAUGGAACCUAAUUCCUUUCAUACUUCAAUUCCGAAGUUCCAACUAAACAUCAUCAGUUUGUCAGAGUGUAUAACAGACAUAGGACUUAGUCUACAACCUCCUAAGUUCCUUUAUUACCAAUAUGACUUGAGAUAUGUUGAUCUUUCCCAUAACAAUUUCAGUGGAACAGUCCCGUUAUGGUUGCUAGAAAACAACACAAAAUUAGAAAAUCUCUUCUUGUUGGGUAAUUCUUUCACUGGUCCUCUCUUGUUACCUCAUCUUUUUCAUCCUAAUGUGUUUUUAUUGACAUAUCUGAAAACAAAUUACAAGACGAAUAUUGAUCUCAGUAAUAACAGUUUUAAUGGAAGCUCCCAAAGCAUGGAUAGGGAAUAUAUCGCAUUGACAGAGAUGGCUUGUCCAAACAAUCAUUUUGAAGGUUCUAUUCCAAUGGAAUUUUGCAACUUGUUUGAGCUUGAAUUUUUGGAGCUUUCUCAAAACAAUUUAUCUGGCUCUAUUCCUUAUUGUUUCAAUCCACCAUAUUUAAGACAUGUCCACGUGAAGAGAAACAGACUGAGUGGUCCAUUGACACUUACUUUUAAUAGCUCUUCAUUAGUGACAUUAGAUCUUAGAGGGAAUAAUUUGACCGGUAAUAUUCCAAAAUGGAUUGGCAUAUUUUCUUCUUUAAGCGUCCUUCUUUUGAAAGAUAAUCAUCUAGAUGGUGGAAUUCCAGUUCAAUUAUGCAAGUUGUAUUCAUUGAGCAUCAUAGAUCUUUCUGGAAAUAUGUUUUCUGGUCUUAUACCUUCUUGUUUGGGUAAUUUAACUCUGGCAAUGAAAGGGGAGAAGUCUUCUGUAGAUGUUGUUUGGAAUGGACCAAGUUCAAUGAAUGAUCUACCAAUAGACAUUCCAUUUUAUUUAUCACAUGAUUAUCCUAGUAGCUACAUGGAAGAAUGGAUAGAGUUUACAACAAAGGGUGUGUCCUAUUCAUAUGGUGGUGACAUUCUUGAGUACAUGUCUGGGAUUGAUUUAUCUUGUAACAGGUUAACUGGGCAAAUCCCACUCGAAAUGGGAAAUUUAAGUGAAAUCCAUUCGUUAAACUUAUCUCACAAUAACUUGGUCGGAGUUAUACCUUCAUCAUUUUCACAACUUAAGCAAAUUGAAAGUUUGGACCUUUCUUACAACAACUUGAGUGGUAGAAUCCCUAUACAGUUGGUUGAGUUAAACUUUCUAGAGGUUUUCAGCGUGGCACAUAACAACUUAUCAGGUAGUACUCCAGAACCAAAAGCUCAGUUUGGGACCUUUAAUGAAAGCAGUUACGAAGGAAACCCUCUUCUCUGUGGGCCUCCAUUGCAAAAUAACUGCUCAAAAACUGUGUCACCACCAAUAGUACCAACUACAAUAGACAAUGAAGGAGAAGGUAGUUUCAUGGACAUAUAUGUUUUUUGUGUGAGCUUCCUGGUUUCAUAUGUAAUUGUUUUCUUGGGAAUUUUUGUUGUUCUAUACAUAAAUUCAUAUUGGCGACAAGUAUGGUUUUCUUUCAUCGAGAGUUGCAUCACUACUUGUCGCUACUCAGUUGUAGGCAAUUUUCUUGAGUUAUACAUCUUCAAAAGAUGUGCUUAG